CAGGCUCAACACCUUGUUCCUCCAUGAGUAAUCACACAAAGGAAAGAGUGACCAUGACCAAAGUGACACUGGAGAAUUUUUAUAGCAACCUUAUCGCUCAACAUGAAGAACGAGAAAUGAGAGAGCGAGAGAGAGAGAGAGGCAGAGAUACAGGCAGAGGAAGAAGCAGGCUCCACGCAGGGAGCCCGACGCGGGACUCGAUCCCAGUCUCCAGGAUCACACCCCAGGCCAAAGGCAGCGCCAAACUGCUGAGCCACCGGGGCUGCCCAAGCAUUUAUGAUUUCAAUCCUAUGUAUUUCAGUGUACAUCUCUAAAAAUAGGCCAUUUACUUGUGUCAUUGCAGUGCCACCAUGAAUCUAACAAAGUUAACAGUAAUUUCUUCAUGUCAUCUCAUAGAGGAUGUCACUAACAAAAGAAGUUAGAAAAAGUGAUGGAAGAAGAAGGCCUAAAAGAUGAAGAGAAACGACUGAGGAGAUCCGCGCAUGCUCGGAAGGAAACAGAGUUUCUUCGUUUGAAGAGAACAAGACUUGGAUUGGAAGAUUUUGAGUCCUUAAAAGUGAUAGGCAGAGGAGCAUUUGGUGAGGUGCGGCUUGUUCAGAAGAAAGAUACAGGGCAUGUGUAUGCAAUGAAAAUACUCCGUAAAGCAGAUAUGCUUGAAAAAGAGCAGGUUGGCCACAUUCGUGCGGAGCGUGACAUUCUAGUGGAGGCAGACAGUUUGUGGGUUGUGAAAAUGUUCUAUAGUUUUCAGGAUAAGCUAAACCUCUACCUAAUCAUGGAGUUCCUGCCUGGAGGGGACAUGAUGACCCUAUUAAUGAAAAAAGAUACCCUGACAGAAGAGGAGACUCAGUUUUAUAUAGCAGAAACAGUAUUAGCCAUAGACUCUAUUCACCAACUUGGAUUCAUCCACAGAGACAUCAAGCCAGACAACCUUCUCCUGGACAGCAAGGGCCAUGUGAAGCUUUCUGACUUCGGCCUUUGCACAGGACUGAAGAAAGCACAUAGGACAGAAUUUUAUAGGAAUCUGAACCACAGCCUCCCCAGUGAUUUCACUUUCCAGAACAUGAAUUCCAAAAGGAAAGCAGAAACCUGGAAAAGAAAUAGACGUCAGCUAGCCUUCUCCACAGUAGGCACUCCCGACUACAUUGCUCCUGAAGUGUUCAUGCAGACCGGGUACAACAAGCUCUGUGAUUGGUGGUCGCUUGGGGUGAUCAUGUAUGAGAUGCUCAUCGGGUACCCACCUUUCUGUUCUGAGACCCCCCAAGAGACCUAUAAGAAGGUGAUGAACUGGAAAGAAACUCUGACUUUUCCUCCAGAAGUUCCUAUCUCUGAGAAAGCCAAGGACCUUAUUUUGAGAUUCUGCUCUGAGUGGGAACAUAGAAUUGGAGCCCCUGGAGUUGAGGAAAUCAAAAGUAAUUCUUUUUUUGAAGGCGUUGACUGGGAACAUAUCAGAGAGAGACCUGCUGCAAUAUCUAUUGAAAUCAAAAGCAUUGAUGAUACCUCAAACUUCGAUGAAUUUCCAGAAUCUGAUAUUCUUAAGCCAACAGUAGCUACAAGUAAUCACCCUGAGACUGACUACAAGAACAAAGACUGGGUCUUCAUCAAUUACACAUACAAGCGCUUUGAGGGCCUGACGGCUCGGGGGGCAAUACCUUCCUACAUGAAAGCAGCUAAAUAGUGUCCUCGAAAUAGAAUCCUAAAUGGAGCAGAGCUCUUUGUACAACGUUGCGGUUUUCCUCUUACACAUUCUUUGAAAAGAGUUUCCAAGAAGUUUAUGGAACCUGCCAGUAUGUCAUGGUAAACUCUCCUGAAAUGUGACAGUAAGUGGAUUCUCUUCCAUAAAGCAUUGGAAACCUGCAGAACAAAGACAACCAUUUCUACUACGUCGGCCAUAAACAUCUGUACCGCUUCUUCAGAAGCCUCAUGAGCCAAUUUGAUAGAGUUCUUAAAAAACUCGUUUUCCUAAGUUCCUCAGAAUGAAGGAGAAAAAAAAAAAACAGCCAUCAUCAAACAUUAUUAAGAUUGUAACAUACACUUAACUGAGUAUCAGCCAAUUUCUGUGAUUUUUGUGACAGACCUGCUUUCUGCCAAGCCCACCAAGUAUUUCUUUUUCCUUUACAGCUAAAAGUUCCAUAGUACUAAGGAAAUAAAGCAAUAAUGAAAGCCUCAGCAGCCAGCGUUCUGGCUGAAGGAAAUGAUCCACCAUCCUCUGAGCGGGUGGUGAGGGUAGUGUCUCCCAUACCUCGGCCUCUGGUGAGUGGCUCCUCACAGCCUCCAUUCAUGGUGCACUUUAUUUAUGGUACUAGGAUAAAGACCCUGAGUCCACUGAUUUAUCUCCUGCCCAUCUAAAACACUCAUGCUGCUUUUCUGAGUGUUGGUGGGGGAUCCUAGCGUGAUCCAUCGUCGCUCUCAGAAGACCCAGAAGCCACUGGGCUUUGCCAAGGAGUCCCAGAUCAUGUGGAAAACCCUUACUGUCCCUUCAUGGCUGGAUCAAAAAAUCCUUAAGAUGGAUGUUGUCGCGGACCAGCAGUAGCCACAAGUGCUGUCAGCAGGAACUCGGUUUGUUCCUGGGAACACAACAGGGAGAGUCCAGGCAGAGGCAGGAGGCCUGGAACCCUCUUGGCCAAGGUGCUGUUCCUGCUCGGUCUCCAGAACCUCCUCCGAAGUGAAGGAGCCAGCCCAGUAGAAGGCGAAAGCUGGCCUACAGGGCCCUGUAAAGCUCGCUCCUCCUCAGUCCUUGGUGCAACUGUGUUUGGUGUCUCUCUCUCUCUCUCUCUCUAUUUGUAUUUGUCCUCUCCAAUUUAAGUAACCAUUUUGCCUUGGAAUCAUGAUUACUGAUUUUUCCUUUGCAGAUGCCUUCCAGGGCAGGGCAGGGGGGGUGCUUCUCUCCAACUUAAAGGGCAGCCUGCUGCUCAGGCUGACCGGUCCUCUCUGCUGUGGCACUCUCCCAAGAGACCCUCUGAAUUUUAGCACAAAGUGCCUUUUCUUUCACACCUGCCACCACCUUAAGAGGAAUUUUGUGGCAUCAGAAAAAUGUGGAGGUUCCAUACUAAUGCAUUAAGAUUUUUGAUAACUCUGAAAGCAUCAUUUGCACCUCUGUGGUAAUUUUGCCUAUGGCAAAGCGUCAUGGCCAAGCGACAACAGGGAGUCCGCUUUCUGCCAGUCUUGAGGUUAAGAUCGACUUGAAAGGAACGUAUGUCCUGGCUUAGCCAUUCUGAAAAGAAAAAUGGGAUAUCAGAGUUACAGUAAAUGAAACUGCUUUGAGUUUCAACGUCUUAGAGGAAGGAGAAAGAGAGUAAUAGGGAAGCAUUAACUUUGGUUGAAGGUAAUGUUUGCCCUUUAAUCUUUCACUCAUGGUCUGCUAGUGAAAAGGAAGUAAAUGAGAUUCUUUUGUGUAACUUUGUCAUUUCGUUGUAUUACCAAAUAGCUGAGGUUUUGAUCCCGAGGUGUUUUGCAAGUAUGUUUGGUAAGCACAGUAAAGAGAAGUUAGCAGGAGUGGUGAUAGUCUGUGUGUGGGGACUGGCAGGGGAUGAUUUGUUUUAGGGGAAGAUGCCCAUAUUUUAAACUUCUGAAUAAACUGUGUGAAACGGUGUGAA